GACCCCAUAACUAAUCCUCUACCAAAAAGCAAAGUACCUCGGUCCAAAACCACCAUGACCGAAUCCAACACCAUAAACCGCCCAAAUCCGGGGAAAUGCCCUCCUUCUCCUCCCUUUCCAUCCCCAACAUCGGAACCGCAAAUCUCACAGCUAUUCUCGCUACAUCUUCACUUUACGCCUAUCUCAUCGCAUUACAUCAACAUCAGCAGAAAACAUUACUGAAAGAUCAAGAAGAGCGAGAACGCGAACGCGGGAAAGUACAGGUGCAAGGUCCUCAACAAUCGGUCCAGGAGGCACGAAUUCGUAAUUCAGGAGGAGAUUAUCUUGAAGAACAGAGUAGAAGUGUCAUUGCAGCGAAACGAGAUACAGAAGAUCAAAGACGAUAUCAAUAUCAUACGAACGUGAAUUCGGAUAUAUAUACGAAUCGAACGACCACAACACGAAACAAAAUGUCUAAAACUUUUUCUCCCUCUGAAGUAGCGGCUCAUAAGGACGUUGAGAAUGGAAUGUAUAUUAUCAUCGACGAGGGUGUAUAUGAUGUUGCCAGUAUGUUUUUUUUUCUUAAUUCAAUUGAUUAAUUCCAUCACCCCUAGCCUUAUGCCCCUUUUAUUACUCUCAUCAUCGCUUCCCAUCUAACCCCCUAUCCCAUUCCACAAGGCGCACCUAUUAUCCCUCAUCCAAACCUACAACAUAGGAAUCCCUACUAACCAUCUCCUUCCUCUUCUACUAGGUUUCCUCGAAGAACACCCCGGCGGAGCAAAAAUCCUUAAACGUGUUGCGGGAAAAGAUGCCUCCAAACAAUUUUGGAAGUAUCAUAAUGAGGGCGUGUUGAAGAAGUAUGGGGAGAAAUUGAAGAUUGGUACUGUGGGGGAAAAGGCGAAGUUAUAGAUUUUUGAUAUAGAUGUAGAUGUAGAUGGAGCGCGGAAUGAUGUGCAUGAGGAAUGUUAUUUGCUUCGGGAGUUGAAAGGGCAGAAGACUUUGUCAAUUGGGGAUAGAUAAUGGGUAUUAUUGAUGAAGAGAAAGGGGAGAGAAUAGAUGGAGAGUGGUUGUGCAUUUGGAUACGAAGAAAGAUCGUAUGUUUAGAUUGCGUAGAUGAGAUACUAUAUAAAUACAGCAGAUGCAAUUGACUACGUUUUUAAAAAGAACAUUAUAGACAAUU